CAAGUUUUUUAUAAAUUCACGUUUCUGAACAAGAACAUCUGAAUUUGAACAUGUAAUUUUUUUUGAAGAAACAUCUAUUUCAUAUGUUCAAACCAUGAGAAAGUUUGCGAAGAAUAGAUAUUUUAAUUUUUUUUCUCGACCCAUAUCAUCAUGGAAGAACUUGAAAGAGCCUCAGUUGGAUACAGGCUUUCUUUGUAAUCCUAAGAAUCUGGCUCUCAUCACAGAUAAUAUUCUAAAAAGAAAAGGUGUUGGUGACAUACAACUAGUCAAUGAACUAAACAAAGAGCUAGCCAAGGUUCAUGAAGAUUCCCAUGUUUACAGAGAUUUUAGGAACAAAUUCAAUGAAGAACUAUUGAAAAUCCCAAACCUCACACAUCCAGCUGUUUUAGAAUAUGGCGAACAUCCAAAGCUAUUGAAAACUAUAAAUGACAAAAAGCAAUUUCCCUUCAAGCAGAGAGAAUUUCAUGAAAUCACCAAGAGACUCAACCUGGUAAGGACUGAACAGUUGGGAAAUGUCAGUGGGAAUAGAAGUUACUAUAUUCUAGGUGAAAUGGCUGAACUAGAACAUGCACUAUUGAACUAUUUCAUGAAAAAUCUCAUGCAAAAUGGGUUUGAGUUUAUAUCUGUUCCAGAUAUAUUGCCCAGAGAUGUUAUUGAGAAGUGUGGAAUGAAUACUAAGGGUGAAAGAAAUCAGGUAUAUACCCUAGAACCAAAGCUUCAUGGACCUGAUUUAUGUCUAUCAGGAACCUCAGAAAUGUCCCUAGCUGGUUAUUUGGCAGGAGAAACUUUUCAGGAAAAUGAGUUGCCAAAGAAAUUAGCUGCUGUGAGUAGAUGCUACAGGGCAGAGACUUCAAGUGUUGCAGAAGAGAGAGGAAUAUUCAGGGUACAUGAGUUUACUAAAGUAGAAAUGUUCAUGGUUUCUACACCAGAUGCAUCUGAUUCAGCUUUAGAAGACAUUAGAAUCCUACAAGAAGAAAAUUUCAAAUCUCUAGGACUACACUGUCAAGUGCUUGAUAUGCCUGCACAUGAACUAGGAGCCCAAGCUUACAGGAAGUAUGACAUUGAAGCAUGGAUGUCUGGUAGAAAAAUGUAUGGAGAGAUUUCCAGUUGCAGUAAUUGCACAGACUAUCAAUCUCGAAGGUUGAACAUCAAGUAUGAAUCGAAGGAAGGGCUAACCGACUUCGUGCACACCCUCAACGGAACAGCCUGCGCCAUCCCGAGACUGCUGAUAGCCUUGACGGAACACGGACAAGACGACAAUGGAUUCAUACACGUGCCGGAAGUUUUGCAAGAGUACAUGGACGGCAAGGCCGUGAUAGGCAGGCAGAAGAAGAUACCGGAACUGAAGCUGGUCAAGAAUAAAAAAUAAUAAUGGGGGAGACCACUGAUUACAUUCAUAAGGUCGGCAUCGUAUGGGAAAAACUUUUAAUAGUAAUUUAUUUCAAAAUCCGACUUGGGUGUUGAGUUUUGCUCAAAAAAAUAUUAAAAAUGGACUACUGGGUCGGUAAUCGCUGGUCUCAUUUAUUUGAAUUCAAAAAAUUUAAUGAGAAAAGUUGUUUCUAUUCCAAUCUUACAUGUAUCCUGAAUUUAAACGUUUCAUCACAACUCUUAGUUUUUGAUAUUUUUAAUUUUUUUUCGAAAUGUCAGUAUCAUUGAAAAAAAUCACCGACAAAACUAUUCCAUUUUAGUGGCUUCAUCAUGUUACUAACUUUCAAUCAUUAUUAACGAGAAAAAUAUGAUUUUCUUUAGAAAACAAUAAUCCCACAGCUUCGAAUUUUACGCACGGUGCCAAAGUCAUCUGUCAAAAUUUGAAAAUAUUAUCAUACUACUUUACGUAUCCACUAACCAAAGCUUAUUAAAUUCGAACAAAUGAGCCUAUUUUCAGCGAUUGAUUUGAAAUAAAUGAAACUUUUGACAUGUAACGGAAGUCACGUGACUCCGACCAAGUAGGCCAUUUUUCAUAUUUUUCAAAAUGAAUCAUUGAAAUUUUUCCCAUAUGAUGGGAACUUUAUGAAUGACAAUUGUAUACCAAAAAGUGAUGAUAAUUUUGAACUCGUUCAUUCAUACACUGAGCCGAUGAAAAAAUUAAUUGAAAUAUGUUCAUUUCAAAUCACACACACUUCCUGCUCCAUUUGUCACGGUGUCAAUUCAUUGGUGUGACUUGUGUGACGUAUUAGUCCAACACGCCUAUUGUCCUUGAGCUGACCAAUCACAAUGCAACACUGCAGAAUAGCAAAGUGUCAGAGAGAGAGAGAGAGAGAGAGAGAGA